GUCCUAAUAACUUGAUUCUCCAACCACCAUAGCUCUUACCAGCAAAACCUCUUCACCUAAAUCUCUCUGGCUAAAUUUAGCACGAUUGUUUCGCCUCCUCCAAUAAUUCCCAACCAUUUCAUUUUAGAUUAUCAGUACGCUUCAAUUCCAUUUGCAGACUCCCUUCUUUUGUUUUAUUGGAUGUCCAUGGAGAAAAGAGAAAAAAACUAUAUGAUCAUCACAUUCCACACCCAUCUUGCACUUAUUUAAUUACGCAGAAUAUAAAUCAUUGCAGUGCCUCAUGAUCUUUUUCAGAUCAACUUAGAUCUACAGCUUUUAGUUCUCCCUAAAUAUAUUCAUUCCUGUACUCUUGAGAUGUGUUUAGGCAUCAAGGAAGAAGAAGAGGAACCAUAAUUCUCAGGAGAUGGAAGAUAUCCACAACCUCAAAGUUGUCAUUGGAUUGGGUUCUGUAGUUGUUCCGCUUGUUCUUUCACUGAUAGUUUACUUUUGCCGCAGAAGAGCAGUUAAAGGUGAGUACACAAUUGAGACUGGAAGCUUAAGCUUGGCGGGUGAGGAGAGAGUUGAGGUUGGGAAAGAGGACCUGAUUACCUUUUUGGGAGGGGAGGAUCUCACCAUCUAUGACAUAUUGGAUGCUCCAGGGGAAGUCAUUGGCAAAUCCAGUUAUGGAACUCUGUACAGGGCCUGUUUGGACAGGAGCAAUUUUUCUUCUCUGAGGCUGCUUCGUUUCUUGAGGCCAGCAUGCAGUGGAAGAAUGAAGGAAGUGGUUUCUGUAAUUCAGCUGCUGGGACAGAUAAGGCAUCACAAUUUGGUUCCCCUUCAAGCAUUUUAUGCAGGGCCUAAGGGGGAGAAGCUCCUGGUUUUUCCAUUUUUCGGAUACGGGACUCUGGCACAGUUCGUCAGAGAAGGAAAAGGUGAGUCUCACAACUGGGACAUCAUCUAUAGGAUCUCCAUCGGUAUUGCCAGAGGCAUGGAUCACCUUCACACAGGAUUGAACAGGCCCAUAAUCCACGGAAACCUCAAGUCAAAAAAUGUACUAUUGGAUCGCGACUUUGAACCUUAUGUCUCGGACUUUGGCCUACAUCUCCUCUUGAACCCAACAGCAGCCCAAGAAAUGCUUGAAUCAUCAGCAGCCCAGGGCUACAAGGCUCCUGAACUGAUCAAAAUGAAGGAUGCGAGCGAAGAGACCGAUAUCUACAGCCUCGGUGUAGUACUGCUAGAAUUGCUGACAGGGAAGGAAGCCAUAAGUGAGCAUCCCUCCCCAGUUCCGGAUUUCUACUUGCCAAACACUAUGAGAAAUGCAAUCCUUAAUCAUAGAAUUACAGAACUGUUUCAUCCAGAGAUACUCCUUACGCCAAGGAACAGUCAGAGUCCAGUCACCGAAGAGCACAUUCUCAAGUUUUUCAGGCUCGCAAUGGCCUGCUGCUCUCCUUCACCGUCUCUUAGACCUGAUAUCAAGCAAGUUCUCAGGAGGCUUGAAGAAAUUGGAAGAUAAGAAGUCUGGAUUUUUGCAGAAAACCAAAGUUGGGACUGAUGGUAAUGAUUUUUGCUGCUGAUUUGUGACACACCAAUGGUCUCCAAUCAUUGUGGUUGGUGAUCAGGGCCCAGAUGAUGAUCAUGAAGGGGACAUUGACAUAAUAUUUGGGUAUUCCAUGGAAACAAAAGUUUGACAAUUGAAGCCACUAGACAGAUUAUAGAAUUGGUGAAAUGCACAGACCUUAACAAGGAAAGUUGAACAUUUCAACCACAACCAACAAGGAUUGUGGAUUUGCUGAUUGUGUUUUCAGGUUAGUUUAUUUGAGAAUAUCAGCAAUACAAGAUUGUGGAUUUGAUGGGUUGCUGACUUUGAUGUGGGUAGGUUAAUUUGGGCGUGAAUAUGUAUACCAUGGUGGGAAAAAACCAAUUACCAACAGUUCUUUUCUUUCUGCAUAGAACCUUUUGAAAUAAUUCUAGGGAACCUUCUUCU